GGUCCCACCUCCUCUGCAACGCCGGGGCCGGGAGUCUUAGAACCGAGGGCCCGCAGGGGUCCCCGCGGCCGCUGCGAUGCAGAAAUACGAGAAACUGGAGAAGAUUGGGGAAGGCACCUAUGGAACUGUGUUCAAGGCCAAAAACCGGGAAACCCAUGAGAUUGUGGCUCUGAAGCGUGUCAGGCUGGACGAUGACGAUGAGGGUGUGCCAAGUUCAGCCCUCCGGGAGAUCUGUCUACUCAAAGAACUGAAGCACAAAAACAUUGUCAGGCUUCAUGAUGUCCUGCAUAGUGACAAGAAGCUGACAUUGGUUUUUGAGUUCUGUGAUCAGGACCUGAAGAAAUAUUUUGAUAGUUGCAAUGGUGACCUGGACCCUGAGAUUGUGAAGUCAUUCCUCUUCCAGCUGCUGAAAGGCCUGGGAUUCUGUCACAGCCGCAACGUGCUGCAUAGGGACCUGAAACCCCAGAACCUGCUCAUAAACAGGAAUGGGGAGUUGAAAUUGGCUGAUUUUGGCCUGGCCCGAGCCUUUGGUAUCCCAGUCCGCUGCUACUCUGCUGAGGUGGUCACGCUGUGGUACCGCCCACCGGAUGUCCUCUUUGGGGCCAAGCUGUACUCCACGUCCAUCGACAUGUGGUCAGCCGGCUGCAUCUUUGCAGAGCUGGCUAAUGCAGGGCGACCUCUCUUCCCUGGCAAUGAUGUGGAUGACCAGCUGAAGAGGAUCUUUCGACUGCUAGGGACACCGACUGAGGAACAAUGGCCUGCCAUGACCAAGCUGCCAGACUAUAAGCCCUACCCAAUGUACCCAGCUACAACAUCCUUGGUGAACGUCGUACCCAAACUCAAUGCCACAGGGAGAGACCUGUUGCAGAACCUAUUGAAGUGUAACCCUGUGCAGCGCAUCUCAGCAGAGGAGGCCUUGCAGCACCCCUACUUCUCUGACUUCUGUCCCCCAUAGGCUCUCUGACCCCUGGUGGCCAGGCUGGGGCCUGGCCUAUUUAAACCUCCCUCCCAGGAGGGUGGAAGAGUGGGGUGUGGGAUCCUGAGCACCAGCUGUGCUGGGCCCAGCCGGGGUAGAGUUACCCUGGCCCGCGGUUUUCACUCCCUCCAUGGACUUUAUUUAAUUUCAUAAAUUGGCUCCUUUCCCACAGUCUGAUGAUAUGAUGGUGGGGUGGCUCUGAAGGGUGACUGGGGAUCCCUGCUCUGUGAUUUGGCCCACAGCUUGUGCAACGAGCUGCUCAUGUCUGCUCUGUCUCCUUACAUAUCCUGAGACCAGGGACAGGAGGCCAUGGUCCCCGUUCUUUUGAUUGUGUCAUGGCAGUCCUGUCUCCACACUCAGCUUAUAUUCUCCUGCACACUUUUCUCCUCUGCCUAGAAGGGCCAGAUACAGUCGUGAGGUGGGAUGCCACUGGCCUGAGUGCAGAGCUGAGCCUUUGCCAGAAUGGGAGAAUGGGCCAGGCCUCUCUAUCUCUGCAUCCUAUAUAGAGCCUUUCACAUCUGUUUUCUUAUACUUGGAGUUGUCAGUUGGGACAGGAGAGACCCAGAGCUGUGUGGGUCUCUUCCAUAAGUACAGCCUUCCCAGUUCCCAUUUGCCACUUUUCCAGAGGUUAGGGUACAGUGAGAAUAGGAAAUAGGCUGAGGUAGAGUUCCCGGGGUUCCCCCCUUGACAGGAAGGGGAAGGAGGGGGGGUCUCUCAGGCCCACUGUCUCAGCAGGCUGUCAGCUCCUAUAGAGAGGUUGGAAAGGCAAGAACCUUCGAAGGCAGGCCACCAAUUUGUGUUCUUGCACAUGGACUAGCUCCUCCUGUAACUCUGCCACUUCCACUGUCUCGCUGAGCUAGUUAGAACCUCGUUCCAGCUCUCCACUGCUGGUGCAGUGAAUACCUACACGAAUGGCCACUGUGGGCCAUCACCUAAGCUCUGGGCAUGGAGAGACUACCUUCUUAGACGUUGGUAGGAGGUGGGCCUAGCGGUACAGGUCUGUAUUCCAAACUACCAAGGAGCCUGAGGCAGAAGCGCUGCAAGGCCAGUGUGGGCUUCAGAGUGAGUUCAAGGUAAUCUGAACAAUCUAGUGACUCUGUUUCUAAAUAAACAAGAUAU